GCUCAUCAUCGAGGGAGAAGGGCCAGUCAUGACGCUCGUCGAAGGUGAUGAGCUGCAGAGGCUCUGGGCGCUCGUAUCGGAGCUGUCCUCUCAGCUUGCUUCGAACCGAGAAGCGUGCGCAUCCUUGCAGCAGCAGGCUGACGACCUCAAGGGACAAGCACUGCAUACAGGGACAGGGUACACGCUCCGACGAUUCAACCUCGAUAUCUCCAAGGAAAAGUUCGAGUCGGACUUGGAGAAGAUCAAUGCCCAGCUCGUCGUCGAGAACCAGGCACUGGCACACGAAAACAAGCAGAUGAACCAUCUGCUGAGAGAGCACGAACAGACGCUCGAGGCUGUCAUGGCCAAGUUUCGAUCAUUUUCGCAUGCUACCCAAUCGCAUACCCUUUCGCUCACAUCGCACUACGAGACGCUUCUCGCCAACAAUACCCACGAUGCCGCAGAUGUCACCCUGCAGUCGAGCACAGCUCUCAGCAACGCUCUUGCACACCUAGGAGGUCUCGUCCGCGUCGCGCUUCGGAGCGUCGAGGGAGAGGAGAUUGGCGAGCAUGAGGGAGAGGAGGGCAUUGUCGAGGACGCGUUCGAGGCAGAGGGCUACCACAUCGAGUCACCCUCGGGGACUGAACCAAGUGCCCAUGUGUCAGCUGUGAAGCGGACAGGCGCCAGCGACAAGGCCGGCAGCAAGGCCAAAGUCUCGUACGGCUCGGCGCCCAGCGCUGAUCCCAAAUGGCACGGCACCGGCGGCUACACGGGCCUCGCUGGCGAUCCAGAAGUGGGCAUCGCAGAACGAGCGCUCGAGACACAGACAGAAGAGGAAAGGAUCCGCUUUGAGAACCAGGAGUUGCGAGAGAUGCUCCGCGUCAGCGCUGAUCUGACGCCGGAGACGGCAAAGAGAUUUGGCAUCGAGAUGCCCCCACCUCCGCCGCCGCCGGGCUCCAUGAGCCUGUCUCUGGGCAAGCCGAGAAGCCAGCUCAAGAGAUCGCCCUCUUCAUCCGGAGCCCAGCAGUAUCAGACACAUGCGAGUGGCAGCGGGAAUAGCCCAUCGUCUAGCGGCGAAGCGGGCAGCCCUACUGCGCCCUUUGCGCCUACUCACAUGACAUCAGGUGCAGGUGGGCCACCGCAAUUGCAAAAAGGCAGCCCCAGGACGGGGACUGUUGCUAGCCCGGAGCUGCUGGAGCGUUCCUCCCCUACGAUCAGGGCCGUCAACCAGGGUCAGAGGCAGCCGGUGGAGGAAGAGAACGACAUCUUACCACCUUCGAUGAUCGAUGAGGGUCCGCCUCCUCCGAGCUUCGUCCAGCAGAGUGCCACUCAGCCCAUCGAGGAGGAGGGCGAUGGGCAUGAUGACUUCAGUGCCGUCGAGCAAGCCACAGUUACGCCAGCGAUCCACGAGGAAGACACAUCGGCGGGAGAAACGGAGCCAUUGUCGGAGCAGUCGACGGAGGAGCUCAAGGCUUCGUUGAAGAGCGAAGAGGCUCGGGUUGAACAGGUCAAGCAUAGCCUUGGAGGUGGCGGCGAGAUGGCAGAGCAUGAUGAGCGGGGUGAAGGAGAAGGAAAGGAAGCACAAGAGCAACAACACGGCGAGGACGACAAAGCCAUGCAUAGAGAGAAAUUGCUGCAGGAGACAGAGGAAGAGAUCGACAAGGCACAGUCACCAACGCCCGACGAGGCAGAGGAAGUCGGCGAGAAAACAAUCAUGGCGAUGGAAGAACCGUCUGAGGAGGCGAAAGAGAAAGAGACACCCGAGGGAGCAGCAGCAGCAGCAGCAGCGGCGGCGGCGGCGACUGCAAUAGUCGUCGAGGGCGAAUCAUGACGAUUCUCUAAUGAAAAUAGAUAACAAAUAACCCGGUGACGAGGUGGGAAGCUGAACCCAGGAAAGCGUGACAAAUAGAAG